GUUUCCAGGAAGGCAGCAGGAUGCUCUGCACUCUGCUGCUCGAGCCGCGGCCUGAAGAAGAAGAAGAAGAGAAAAAUUCAGAGUACGGGAGACCGUCAGUCGAAAUGGCUGAUGGGCCUGGGUAGGCUGCAUGUAUGGGAGGCCCAAGCCAAAGGGCGGGUGGGCCUGGCCCGUUGCUGCGUGGCGCACUGGUGUCAACGUGGUCGUGUGACGACGACUCACUCGUCGCCGCCACGGGAAAAAAAUCCGAUCCCGAAUUCCCCAAUCCGCCGCGGAAAAAAAUUCAGGUCAGGUUCCGCAUCCAAUCCCCUCCCCGGCGCGGCUGCAGUAGCUCGGCUCCUCGCCGGCGGCCGGGCUGGAUCUACCCGCCUGCUUCGAUCUUCCUCGCCCUCUCGCGAGCCAGGCCUCCGACUCCGAGUCGCUCUACCCGACGCGGUGGUCGGAGGAUUUUUGUUGUCGCUCGCCUGCUACCUCCUCUCCUCCGUGGUGCUCGUUGAGCUCACCGGCGGCGUGGGGCGUGCGGGCGCGCGCUCUGGAGUGGGGAGGAGCUUGCGCGAUUGCCUCGUUAGGUCUCUCGUCUCGGUGUCGACAUGGCGGCAAUGUGACGCUGUCGCUGUUCUGGAGGUUAAAAUGGCAAGCAGAGCAAGGUGGGUUUCAAAGUAUACGAAGGGUCUUGUUGAUGUGCUUCAUGAGAACAAUAUCGCACAUUACCGUACCCAGAAUGGAUGGAGAACUGAUGGGUGGAGGAAAAUUGUUAGCGAUUUCAAUGAUAGGUACCCAGGCGCAAAAUUUAGUAAAGUUCAAAUUCAGGAACAUGAAACCCAAUUGAAGAGAGAUUAUAAAUUAGUAAAAUCAAUCCUUCAGCGGGAAGGCGUUUCUUGGGAUCAAAAUGCAUCUAUGAUUAAAACAACAGAUGAAAUCUGGGACGACAUAAUCGAAGAGAUGCCCAAGGCACGGAAGUACCAAACUAAGAGUUUCCCACUACUUCAAUCGCUGGAGCUGUUAUUUGAAGGUGACAUUCCUGAAGGGGAACACAACUUGAUGCCAAGCAAACCUCAAUUUGCUGUUAGGAAUGUGGCUGAGGGAUGCAAUAACAUGAGCACACUUCCAAGCAUACCCGGAAGACCUUGGGGCAUGGUCAUUGCAAGCAUUGACGAGGGAGAGAACAACAUUAGCAUACUUCGGAGAACUCCGAUGUUAGAGGCACAAGGUCUGGAUGAUCUUGAAAUUCUGCAAAAUCCAACAGAAGAGGUAUUGGAAAGGCCACAGCAUGGUGCAGAGUCUGCAGAGCCAAAGCCACAAAAUGAACCGGGACACUCGAGCUCUUGCAUAGAGCCUCAAAAGGACAAGCGAAAGAAACGUAAGGUCCCUGGCAUCCAGCAAACCAUGGAGGCUUAUCUGGAAUUCAGAAUGAAGCAAGCUCGCUUGAAGGAACAAACGGAAAAGGACGGAGAGCCAUUCUCGAUCUCGAGGUGUAUCAAGGCAUUGCAUACAAUGGCCGACGUAUCUGAUCAGGUCAAGGUUCUAGCCUCUGAUGUUUUCAAGGAUGCAGCAAACCGAGAGAUCUUCCUUUCGUACGAGCCUAGGCUUCGCGCAAUGUGGCUCAAGAGAGAAGUCAACAGGUUAAUCUAAUAAAUCGGGGCGCUUUGUUGCCCUUCGUCUGCCGAAGAUUAGACGAUUGUAAAAUUUAUGGAUUAGCUGAAAGACCGUUAGGGAAUCAGAGCUUCAGAUCUACUACUAGACCUAUGAGCCAUGCAAGGCGUCAGGCAGUUUAUGGUUACUUGCUUAGUGUGAUAGCCAGAUAGUUUGUUAUGCUCUGUAUUUAUGUGAAAUUAUAGUUGCCAAGUUUUGAUCGUGUCAA